UCACAUAUCUUUCCACCCAACCCAAUACAAUUACACUUACUAGGCAAUGGCUUCUUCCAUUCUGAGAACAAGCUUUCAACCUUUGCAGCAGUGUCAAUAUGGAUAUAAUUCAUCUUCACCCUUCCAUCGCAGGGCAGUAGACCAGAUGCAAACGAUUAGAGAAAGGAAGACGAUGGUCAAAGGAGCUCAACAGACUAGACAAAUCAAAAGAUUCCUCAAUUUCUCUGCUGAAAAGCCGUCCACUCCGCUUCUUGAUACCAUCAGCCAUCCCGUUCAUAUCAAGAAUCUUUCCAUCCAGGAGCUUGGGAAGUUAGCUGAUGAGCUACGAGAAGAGCUGGUUUACACAGUGUCGAAGACCGGUGGUCAUCUGAGUUCAAGCCUUGGGGUGGCUGAGCUUACAGUGGCACUUCACCAUGUUUUCGACACUCCUGAGGACAAGAUUAUUUGGGAUGUUGGCCAUCAGGCCUAUCCGCAUAAGAUUUUAACCGGUAGAAGAUCGAGAAUGCACUCGAUUCGACAAACAUUCGGAUUAUCUGGUUUUCCGAAUAGGGAAGAGAGCAUUCAUGAUGCCUUUGGGGCUGGCCAUAGUUCUACCAGCAUUUCAGCAGGUUUAGGUAUGGCGGUUGGAAGAGAUUUGUUAGGGAAGAACAAUCAUGUAGUUGCGGUAAUAGGCGAUGGAGCAAUGACUGCUGGAAUGGCAUAUGAAGCAAUGAACAACGCUGGUUAUCUUGACUCGAGUCUCAUAAUCAUCUUGAACGAUAACAAACAAGUCUCCUUGCCCACCGCUACAGUCGACGGUCCGGCUCCUCCUGUCGGAGCUCUUAGCGAAGCUCUAACAAGGCUGCAAUCGAGCAGGGAAUUUCGCCUACUACGCGAAGCUGCAAAGGAUUUGCAGGGAAUUACGAAGCAUAUAGGAGGGCAAACACAUGAAAUUGCCGCCAAAUUCGAUUCGUGCGUGAGAGGAGCUGCAGGUGGCUCCGGAGCUAGCCUAUUUGAAGAACUGGGACUAUACUACAUUGGUCCGGUGGAUGGUCAUAACGUAGAAGACCUUGUUUGUGUGUUGAAUGAAGUUAGGUCGAUGCCAGCCCCAGGGCCUGUUCUCAUUCAUGUCAAUACCGAGAAGGGAAAAGGUUAUGCCCCUGCAGAGACUGCACCUGAUAAAAUGCAUGGGGUUGUGAAAUUCGAUCCCAAGUCUGGGAAGCAGAUGAAGAACAAGUCGGGAACACGCUCGUAUACUCAGUACUUUGCAGAGUCUUUAAUAGCUGAAGCAGAAGAAGAUGAUAAAAUAGUUGGGAUCCAUGCGGCCAUGGGAGGAGGAACAGGGCUUAAUUUAUUCCAGAAACGAUUCCCGGAUCGAUGUUUCGAUGUCGGCAUAGCCGAACAACAUGCUGUUACGUUUGCAGCUGGUUUAGCUUGUGAAGGGCUCAAACCAUUUUGUGCCAUUUACUCUUCAUUUCUACAAAGAGGAUUCGAUCAGAUUGCUCAUGAUGUUGAUCUUCAAAAGCUACCGGUGAGAUUUGCAAUAGACAGGGCUGGCCUGGUUGGGGCAGAUGGACCGACCCAUUGCGGUGGGUUCGACACUACGUUCAUGGCAUGUUUGCCGAAUAUGGUAGUGAUGGCACCUUCGGACGAGUCUGAGCUGAUGAAUAUGGUGGCAACGGCGGCCGCUAUCGACGAUCGUCCUAGCUGCUUUAGGUACCCCAGAGGCAAUGGCAUUGGUUCUAUUCUCCCACCGAACAACAAAGGAACACCAUUGGAGAUUGGAAAGGGGAGAGUACUAAGAGAAGGAAGUGGCAGGGUGGCGAUUCUGGGGUAUGGAACAAUAGUCCAAAGUUGCGUGAAGGCAGCAGAGCAGCUAGCAUUGCUUGGUGUCUCCGCAACGGUGGCGGAUGCUCGAUUUUGCAAACCGAUCGACAGAGAGUUACUAAGACAGCUAGCUCAAGAACACGAGAUAUUGAUCACUGCCGAAGAAGGAUCGAUCGGGGGAUUCAGCACCCACGUUUCUCAUUUCUUGUGCUUGAAUGGACUACUAGAUGGCAAGCUUAAGUGGAGGCCAAUGAUACUACCGGAUAGAUACAUAGAGCAUGGAUCUCAAAAUGAUCAGAUGGAAGAGGCGGGGCUGAGCUCAAAGCAUAUCGCCGCCACUGUUCUGUCACUGCUGGGGCAAACCCGAGGAGGCGUCCGGCCAUUAGAUUUCAUAGAUUGAACUCUAAUUAUCCCUCUCUUUAG